AGAGCUGUAGCUCCGAUGAGAGCCCUGUGGAUGAUUUUAAUGCAGGAAAAACAGAAGUUUCCCUUCCAUUGGAUUUAUAUUUUUGCUCCUCACACUCUUGGAUUAAUGGGAUGAUGAUUAUUUUCUACACAUUUUAGAAGAAGGAUUUAAGAUAUGGACAAUCAGAGCUUUGUAAAGGCUUGGAAAUGGCAAGUAGCUUUCUCCCUCUUCCUUUGUAGCUGGGGCUGGGUCUCUGGGCAGCUGCGUUAUUCUAUUGCUGAGGAGUCUCAUCUAGGGACUGUUGUGGGGAAUGUGGCUCAGGAUCUGGGGGUGAAUCUGGCUGAUAUUAGUAGAAGGAGGCUGAGUUUGGGAUCAGAUGGAAGCAGCAGAUUAUUCUCUAUAGAGCAGAAGAAUGGAGCUCUAUUUGUACAUGAGAGGAUUGAUAGGGAGAGCCUAUGUGGAUCCAGCCUGAGCUGUUUGCUGCAUUUAGAGGUUGUGGCUGAGAAUCCUCUGGAGCUUCACAGUCUGGAAAUAGAGGUUCUGGAUAUUAAUGAUAAUUCACCAUCAUUUUUAAAGACUAAUCAAGUCAUAAAUAUAACUGAAUUAUUAGCAAUUUCUGGUGUCAAAUUUCAGUUAGAAACAGCAAAGGAUUUAGAUAUAGGCAGGAACAGUAUCAGUCAGUACCAAUUAAACCCAAAUCCAUAUUUUUCCUUGCUUUUAAAAAAACGGAAGGAUGGGACCCUUAUUACUGAGCUAGUAUUAGAAAGGAAUCUGGAUAGGGAGGAAAAAGCUGAACAUAAGCUACUUCUGACAGCUCUUGAUGGGGGAGACCCUCCUAAAUCAGGGUCCACGCAGAUAACUGUGAUUGUUUUAGAUUUUAAUGAUAAUGCACCAGUGUUUGAUCAGCCCAAUUACAAGAUCAAUAUCUUGGAAAAUAUUCAGUUGAACACAGUCAUUAUGAAGUUAAAUGCUACAGAUUUAGAUGAAGGUGAAAAUGGUAAAAUCUUAUAUUCUUUUGAUCAUCAUACUUUGGAUUCGGCAAAGACAAUAUUUGAAAUAAAUUUAUAUACUGGUGAAAUAGUGAAUAAAGCAAAUGUGGAUUUUGAAGCUACAGGUUUUUAUGAAUUGUAUGUAAAAGCUACAGAUAAAGGGUCACCUAAAUUAGAGGGUCAUUGUAUAAUCCAGGUUGAGGUAAAAGAUGUAAAUGACAACACACCAGAAAUAAUUUUCACCUCUAAGACUAAUGAAGUUCCUGAGAAUGCCCCCAUAGGAACUGUGAUUGGAUUCAUCACAGUUAGAGAUAAGGAUUCUGGCAAAAAUGGGCAAAUUGAAUUACAAGUGUCCCCAGGUUUACCCUUCACAUGCCAGCCCAUGUCACAGCGUUAUGCUCUGGUCACCAAUGGGCAUCUAGACAGGGAGAAGCUCUCACAAUACACUAUAAAACUGACGGCAUCUGAUCUGGGUUCUCCAUCUCUAAGCAGCCAGAUUACAAUCAGCCUUAAUAUCUCUGAUGUUAAUGAUAAUCGUCCAGCAUUUCUACACAAUGUCUACAAUGCAUUCAUUGCAGAAAACAAUGAGCCGGGCAGACUGUUAUGUACAGUAUCUGCUGUAGAUCCGGAUGAGGGAGCUAAUGCAAACCUCAUUUACUCUAUCACUGAGAGCCAUAUCCAUGGUUCUCCUGUCUCUUCAUUUGUCUACAUUAACUCUGACACCGGGAAUAUUUAUGCACAAAGGUCUUUUGACUAUGAACAAUUCCAGGUUCUGCAGAUCACAGUAAGAGUGGAAGAUUCUGGAUCUCCAAAAUUAUCCUCCAAUGUUACUGUCUUCAUAUUUAUUCUGGAUUCAAAUGACAACUCUCCUACCAUCUUAUAUCCAGAGAAUGCAGAAGAGACCAUUGCUCAAGAGUCCAUUCCAAGAUCUGCUGCUGCUGGCUAUUUAGUCAGUAAGGUGUCUGCAGUGGAUACAGAUUCUGGGCACAAUGCCUGGCUCCUCUAUAGUCUUGUUCAGUCUGCCAGCCCUGCUUUAUUCCAUAUCUCUGAAUACUCUGGAGAAGUCAGGACUCUCCGAGGUGUACUUGAGACAGAUAACACAGAGCAUCAAAUUGUGAUUUCUGUCAGAGACCAUGGAGAACCUUCUAUGACCACUACAGCUACUAUCAUUGUGAAUAUAUUAGACACUGUUGCCCAGGAAAGUUCUAAAUCUCAAGACUUUCUUACAAAUGCCAAAUCUACUCCAGACCUCACUCUGUAUCUUAUUGUCUCCCUUGUGGCCAUCAGUGCAGUUUUUCUGGUCACAUUUACGAUCUUACUUGUCAGGUGCCUUAGAAAGAAUUAUGAUUCUGGUUGUGGAUUCUGCUUUUCUGACAAAUCACUUUCUACCACCUAUAUGGAUCAGUACAAACCAACCCUUUACCUGAACACAUGGAACAUUAAAAUACAUGGAGGUGCGGAUGGCUCCACCGGAAGCUCCAGGGUCAUGCUAUCCGGCUUGUUUUCCACCUCCAGCUGAUAUUCCAGGGUUUACACUGAGUAAAGUGGAAAAUGUUCCGCAAUUAACUGAACCUGUUCGGGAACCUAAUGCCUUAUGUAAUGGCACUACUCAGGCACAACCUGGUGCAGAAUGGCGCUUCUCACAGGCUCAGAGACCCGGACCAAGCGG